AUGCGCCGUGGUAGAAAACCUCAUACGUCCAAGGGGGAGUCCGAGCAGCCAUCGAGCACCCCUCCACGCUCGCACACGCCAGACCAGAAGCUUCGGCAAGACCGUAUAACCCAAGAUAUGGGCUGGUCCAAUAUGGACUUGUCAGAAGAGAAGCAGAGAGCCAUAGCACAGACCUUCUAUAAUGAAAUCCAGAAGGCCAAGGCUCGCGGCGAGUGGUGA